AUGCUAUCCACCCUUUUUGCUGUCAUCGUAUCAAUCUUCAUAAUUGGUUUUACUGCUACUGCGACCUCUUAUCCUACGAGUAACGUGAUCCCAGGCUGUCGCCGGAAUACGGAUAGUUUUUCAUUCUCCAUACCGUUCAUUCUCUUGUCUGUGUUCCAACUGGUACUAGUGUCCCUCACACUUGUGUGUGUCAUACAGAGUUGGCGGUCUGCCAAGGGCCCUCUCUAUGCCAUCCUAGUGAAGCACAACAUAUUCUACUAUACAUGCGGUCUGCUUCUCUCGACCGUGAACGUCCUUGCGCCAGUACUACUAGUGCUGCCGCUUUCUGAUUUCCUAUCCUACUUCCUCCCCGAAGCUUUUGAGGUCUUUAUCCUUGCUAUCCUCGCUACGCGCAUGCACCUCCAUCUCUGGCGUAUGGAUCAGCAAGUGGACGACCCCGACAUCGUCUCGUGUGGCUUAUUCGGUGUCGUUUGUGAAGUGGGACUUGGACUACCGACUUUCUCUUCGUUGGUGCAACACAUGCAAUCUUACGUGAGCUACCUUUUCUCUCUGUCCGAUUAUGAAUUCUUGUGUUCCCUGCUGUCAGUUUUGCCCUUCAUGCCUGUUGAUCAUCGACCCUCCUUGGUCUUAAGCAUCCUGUGCCAUAAGUAUUCCCACAUCAUCAUCAAUACCCUCCGUGAACCGCUUCAAACCCAGACUGCCCAGUCUGAAACACUCAAAGAGGGCCGAAAACUUGCAAAAGAGUGA